CCUAUGACCGCCUCUAUCACCAUGACUGGGGCAUACUCCUCAAGCUCAUCAACAUUUGCAAGAGAAUUAGACUCGUCGAUAGUCGUCGCUGAGAUCACGCUAGUCAUCUGAAACGCGUCCGCGAGCAGCUUUUACCAGGACCCCGCUCGACCUAGAACGACCCCGCUCGGAUCCCAUCGAUCUACCUGCCUGAAUCCAGAUUUCUGCAGCAAAAUCCAGCACAACCUUUCAGCCAGGCCCACGGAGGACAUGGCCAGGAAUGACCACAAUACACAAACGUUCGCAGCCGAGCAUUCGGGGUAUGCGAGGGACGACGAAGCGGUGACGUUUUGGGAACGGAGUCGACGGAGAGCUCAGGCGGAUCGGGGUAGUUGGGAUUAUGUAUUACGGAGCGGACUAGCAGGAGGAGUAGCAGGAUGUGUAGCGAAAACGGCGAUAGCGCCGUUGGAUAGGGUGAAGAUCUUGUUUCAGACUUCUAAUGCCGAUUUCAAGCAAUACGCAGGUCGUCCGACAGGUCUAUACCAUGCUAUGAAGGCCAUCCUCGCCGCCCAGGGCCUAAGGGGGCUGUUUCAGGGUCAUUUGGCGACGUUAUUACGGAUAUUUCCGUAUGCGGGGGUGAAGUUUAUGGCGUAUGACAAGGUCGAGGGGAUCUUGAUGCCAAAUAAGGAUAUGAGGACGCCAGGGAGGUUGUUCCUCGCCGGAAGUCUAUCAGGUGUAACAUCGGUAUUUUUUACAUACCCUCUCGAGCUCAUCCGAGUACGGCUAGCAUACCAAACCGAACGACAAUCGCUACCCGACGUGAUCCGGGCGAUCUAUCGCGAAAACCAUCCUCUUACCCCUGCAAGCUCUGCAUCAUCAUCAUCAUCAACAACGACGACAAUACGGCCGAAUGCACGAUCACCUAUGCUCUCGGCACGAAUACCUAUCAUCAACCAUUUCGUACCCUUCUACCGAGGAUUCUCGGUCACGAUUGUCGGCAUGAUCCCUUAUGCCGGGGUGUCAUUCUUGACCUACGGUACACUUCAACGACACCUCCCCACCUAUUUCCCGAGUCUGAGCAGACACAAGACCUGGUCAGACCUCAUGUGCGGAGCAAUAGCGGGCGCGGUCAGUCAGACGGCUUCGUAUCCGUUCGAGGUGGUCAGACGGAGGAUGCAGGUCGGGGGUGUGAGAGCGGGACCGGCAAAGGCGACCGGGGUGGUAGAUGGGAUCACGUGGAGACAGGCGGUGAGGAUGAUCUGGCAAGAGGGCAAGGGCAAGGUCGGGCGUGGGUUUUACGUCGGGUUGAGUAUUGGGUAUAUCAAGGUGAUACCCCUGACAGCAUUUUCGUUCUCGACCUGGCAAUUUCUCAAACGAGCCAUGGAGAUUUGAAGCAGGACCGCAUCUCAUCAUCACCAAGCGCAGAGAGGACACGCAUCAUCAUUGCAUCGAUUUGUAAUCCAACUAUUUGUAGCCAAAUCAUAUUGCUGGCCAUGGGU